AGCGCUCUGAGUCCUCUAAGUAGUGAUCUACUCAGUGUCACCGUCCUCCACCUGGAAACUGUGGUGAAACAAAUCAGUUGCAAAAAUGGCACCCAAGAAGGACGCUAAGCCCGCCGCCAAGGCAGCCCCCGCAGCAAAGAAGGAGGAGCCAAAGCCCGCCGAGCCCGCACCUGAGCCACCCAAGCCCGCAGCACCCACAGUCGACCUGUCCGCUGUCAAGCUUGACUUCACCCCAGACCAGAUUGAGGACUUCAGGGAGGCCUUCAGUCUGUUCGACAGGCUCGGUGACAACAAAGUGGCCUACAACCAGAUCGCUGACAUCAUGCGUGCCCUGGGACAGAACCCCACCAACAAGGAGGUCAAGCUCAUCCUGUCCGACCCAUCCCCAGAAGACAUGGAGAAGAAGAGGAUUGAGUUCGAGCAGUUCCUUCCCAUGCUCCAGACAGUGAUCAACAACCCCAACAAGGCUGGCUUUGAGGACUACGUUGAGGGUCUGCGCGUCUUUGACAAGGAGGGCAACGGCACAGUCAUGGGUGCUGAGCUGCGCAUCGUGCUCUCAACACUGGGUGAGAAGAUGAACGAGAAGGAGAUUGAUGCCCUCAUGGCAGGACAGGAGGAUGAGAAUGGCUGUGUCAACUAUGAGACUUUCAUCAAGCACAUCAUGUCUGUGUAAGAUCUCUCAUGCACAGCACACAUGGUGCGGAAGCUGAAGUAUUUCUGCCGACCCCAUGGUGUCAGGACAUCCACACAGCUGUUUCCAACUCCACCUGGGAAACGGAUUAUAAAAAGGACUAUGGGAUGUCAUUCCUAAAAAAAAAAUCCUGUUCUUGAUGUCACAUUCUGUUAUUUUUCCACGUUUUUUUCUUUCCUCUCCUUCUUUUUUUGUCCGUUCGUGGACGCCACCCAUUUAUUUUUCAUCCGAUGAUUCGUGUUGUGAUGCUCCUUCCUCUCUGUCAAGGCGUGUCUCUCCACAGUGGGUGGCUAGUGAGUGUUGGGCGGGGGUGGGGGUGGGGGUGAGGGGGCUGUUUGACCGACUGUCAUGCAGGAGCGGGGACCGGCACCUCCCCUCGGCUCCCCGCGCUCCAGACUGGUGCUACGGAUACGGAGGUCCUACGACUAUAAACCCACACGGCUGUGGACGACCCGUUUGAAAAAGUUUCCCCUUCCCCCUAAGUCUUAAUUUAUUUUUCACCUCUGUCAUUUCACAUAAUAAACUUUUCACAAAGUAUCCCA